AGGCACUAAGCCAGACACCGGAGAUGUAAUGAAAUAGGGUCUCCUCUUUGAGAAUGUCAGAAAGAGUGACGGACAAGAGUCAAAUAAACAAGAGAGAAGAUAAUAUACAGUAAAACUAGGAAAACUGAGGGUUGUGGGAGCUCAGAUGAGACAGACAUACCUAGCCUGAAGCAGUACUAGGCUUCCUGAAGAGUUGACACCUGAGUGCAAAGGAAUUCUGUACUAGUUACCAAGCCUAGAGAGUAUAAAUGUGCGGGGCAGUGGUCGGAGGCGAGGUUCUAAAAGUCUACCUGCCUAGAUCACAGAGAGGUAUAUGUGGGGCAGGAACUUCUGGUGGUUUAAACAAUCCUGAGAGCAACUGUGAGAUGUGGAGAGACUGCACACAGAAGGGACUAGGGCUCCUAGAACGCCUCCUCCUGAAAGACAGCCCCGUUUGGUGCCUUGUGGUCAGGACCCCGAUGCAUUUCUAACCGGAGGUUUCGAGUCCCUUAGGAUGUGGGUGCAGAAUCUUAGCAGCGGCUCUAGGCGUUUCUGAACGGUCCAACCCAUAGUGCUCCAGGCAACAAAGCUGGGGCGGGGCGCCCCGGAAGUGACGCGUUGCCUUGCUGGCGUCCGGAAGUGGAGAUGGCGGAGCUGUACGUGAAACCGGGGAACAAGGAGCGCGGCUGGAACGACCCGCCCCAGUUCUCCUACGGGCUGCAGACCCAGGCCGGCGGACCCAAGCGCACUCCGCUCACCAAGAGAGUCGCCGCUCCCCAGGAUGGAGCCCCCAGAGUCCCAACCUCAGAGACUUCUCCUGGGGUGACCCCAAUGGGGCCUCCACCUCCUUCAAGCAAAGCUUCCAGGCCUCCACCUGUGGGGAGUUGUACUGCCUCCAGUGUGGAGCCCACAGAUGUCCCAGUCAUUGAGUGUGAGACUCUGCUGGAAGAUGUGCUGAGACCUUUGGAGCAGGCAUUGGAGGACUGCCAAGGCCACACAAAGAAGCAGGUAUUUGAUGACAUCAGCCGACGCCUGGGUUUGCUGCAGGAACAAUGGGCUGGAGGGAAGCUGUCAAUGCCUGUGAAGAAGAGGAUGGCUCUGCUGGUGCAAGAGCUUUCAAAUCACCGGUGGGAUGCAGCAGAUGACAUACACCGCUCACUCAUGGUUGACCAUGUGACUGAAGUCAGUCAGUGGAUGGUGGGAGUUAAAAGAUUAAUUGCAGAAAAGAGGAGUCUGUCUUCAGAGGAGGAAGCCAAUGGACAGAAAUCUACAGCCACAGCUGAGAACCAGACUGUACCAGGCGUCCAACAGGCUCCAUAAUCCCGUGGGUUCCCCAGACUCACCUCACAACAUCUCCUAUGCCUUGUCGUGGAAGGCCUUCUCUUAUUUGGCUCCCUUUUACCACUUGGGAGACUGUCUGCCCCAUUUGGGUCCUUGGCCUGACCCACCUCUGGGGGAAGAGGUCCCACCUGGAUCACAGGGAGGAUCACUUGUUACCCAUAACAUACACAUUUCAAUAAAAACAUCUCAGUGGUGGGCCCUGGGUAGAUGAGCCCUUCCUAUGCCAAAA